AACAGCUGUUUAGUUUGACAGAUGGCAAUUUGCCAUUGACAUUGACAACUCCAUUGGGAGGUUAUCUCUAUUUCUAUUGUUAUUUUGUAAUAUUUUUCAGAAAUAUGUUAUCAAAUUAAAAUUGGGUUUCACUUUCGUUGAAAAUGGAGAACUUUGAUGACGAAAUCAGUAGUAUAGAUGAAGAAACUACUUCGCUGUUCAAUAACGAAUCUUCAUCAGAACGAAAAUCCGAUGAUUUCCAUCAAGAUUUCGACGAUGACACUGUAGAUACGAGAUCCGAACUGAAGUUUGAUAAAGCCUUAGAAACUGAAGAAGAAACCCAGAAAAGGGCUCUUAUCGAAGAUGCCCUGAGUAAUGAAUAUACACCACUGAAAAUCUGGCAAAAUUUUUGUAUUACCCCGUAUGGAUUGAUUGCCGAUGACCUGAGGUUCAAGGUAUGGCCACUUCUGUUGGAAGUAGAUCCUACUCCAAAUGAGAAGAUCCCGUCUCUUGAAGAAUUAUCUAGUCAUAGCGAGUACCAACAAGUGGUUUUGGAUGUGAAUAGGUCAUUGAAAAGGUUUCCUCCAGGCAUUCCAUAUAAGCAACGUGUUGCUCUUCAAGAUCAACUGACGGUGCUCAUCUUACGUGUCAUAAUGAAGUAUCCAAAAUUACGAUACUAUCAGGGAUAUCAUGACGUAGCCAUCACAUUUUUAUUAGUAGUAGGAGAAGUUGUGGCAUUCAGAAUUAUGGAGAAACUAAGCACUGAUAAUUUAAGAGAGUGUAUGGAGCCAACCAUGGAAAAGACUUCCUAUAGAUUGAAUUACAUUUAUGCUUUGCUUUCCAAAGUUGAUCCAGAUCUACAUAGUUUCAUGGACAGAGCUUCUGUCGGUACAAUGUUUGCCUUACCCUGGUACCUAACAUGGUUUGGCCACUCCCUCAACCAGUAUAAGGACGUGGUGAGGCUCUACGACUUCUUCUUGGCAUCCCCUGCGGAUAUGCCCCUGUAUGUGGCGACGUCUUUGGUGAUCCAAAGACGGAAAGAGGUUUUCGCAGAAGGUUGUGACAUGGCCAGUAUACACUGUCUGCUAUCCCAGAUCCCGGACAAUCUUGACUUCGAAGAGAUUCUUACAAGAGCGUCGUCUUUCUACAAGAAAUACCCUCCUGACAAACUGGAACACUUGGUGAAGAAGCGCGUCCAGAAAGAGUAUGUAGUUUUCGGACUGUUUUAUCUGCUGCAAAAGUUCGUAUACUUCUUGAGGGAGGUGUUCAGCCUUCGCUUGUUUUUGUCUAUGUUCUCUUUGCUUAUGCAUAGGAGUAAGAGAAAGUAUAGGUAGGGUUUGCGCUUGUUCGGUUGUUGCUUGCCAUCUCUCCUCUUUAACUUUAUUUUUCUGCCUGACAUUUAUUAUUUUAGUGCCUUGUUUGAAUAAAUGCAUCUUUAGUAUUUGA